CAGAGGGGUGAGGGUGGAGGCCUGACCUGGGCAUCAGAUCAGCAGGAAGUGUGAAUCAGCUACUGCACAGGAGAACUCACAGUCUAUCAUUCAUAUCUCUGCAUGGAAAGGACAAGCAGAUGCUAAGAAUCACAGUUUGUUUCAUUUAACAGACCUGAGAGCCAGGACUGCAGAAGACCAGCUCUUCUCCUGGAGCGUGAAGCAGUUAAAGACAACUAAUUCUGAUUCAGGGAAGGCAGUUUGUGCCCCAAAUCUGACAACCUACAGGAAUCAUUUGGGAAAGAACUGAGGAAAGCCAUCACCAGCCAGCAAAUCAGAGGGAGACCAACAAGCAGCUUGACUCAGUACCAGGAGCUUUAGUCAUGUUCAGUUAUCCAGCUGCAGAGGCAGGAUCUUGCUUCCAGAGGAUGGGAUCAUCUGGGCCACUGAAGAGGAGGCUGGAGGAGCUGAAGAAGCCAUGGUGGAGGGAACCCAGUAGCAACACAGUGCUGCAGCACAGUGAGACUGCCAGACUUGCUACAGAUGCUUUUUUGGAGGAGGGAAAGACUGGCUAUCUACAAGCCAUUGCUGAGGAACGGGAGCUACCAUUUCUCUCCACCCUAGACAUGGAGUACAUAAGCCAAUAUAAAUGCCAAAGCAUCCCAGAAGCAAAUGCAAGCAAAAGUUCUGAAGUAGGGUCCAAAGAGGGGGACACCAGUGACUUGGCCUCCCUCUUUUCUGAACUAACUUCUGGCACCUACUUCCCACUCAUGUCUGAUGUGCACCCGCCAGAGCUUGAGCUGGGCUGGCCAAUGCUGUCAUUCACUACAAGGUCAAACGAAACUCAAGCCAGUGUGUACUUCCAGAGGAACAAGGCUUACAGCAUCAAGGAUUUACUCCGGUCCCUGUUAAGCAGGGCAAAAACGGUGAUUGCAAUUGUGAUGGAUAUCUUCACAGACAUGGAGAUACUAUGUGACCUGUUAGAAGCUUCCAACAGACGACACAUCCCUGUUUACUUGCUCCUUGAUGAAAAAUACUUGAAAUAUUUUGUGGAAAUGUGCAGUAAGAUGGCUCUCACUAGCGAACAUUUCCCAAACAUGAGAGUCCGAUAUGUAAGUGGAGAUAUAUACUACAGCAAAGCAGGAAAGAAAUUUGGAGGUCAAGUGCUGGAGAACUUUGUCCUGAUAGACUGUGAUCAAGUUCUCACUGGUACCUACAGGUUCACCUGGCUUUGCAGCCAAGUUCACACCAGCCUGGUGACACAUUUCCAAGGCCAAAUUGUUGCAGAUUUUGACAGAGAGUUCCGAUGUUUGUAUGCAGAAUCCAUGCCUGUGACUUGCUUCUCUGUCCCUGACACUGGAAUCCACACUUCUUCUCACAGUACCUCCUGGAAUGUCCAAUCUCUCUUAAAACCUACUCAAAUGAAUGAAACUGAAAAUUCCAGCCCCUCAAGUAGCCUCUCAAAUGCAAGCAUCACAACCAUAAAGUUGUCUCCUUUUCUGCAGAGAUUCACAUACAAUGAAUGUCAGGAAAAGCAAAAUCUGGUUCCUGGUUUCAUUAGUGAAAAAAGAAAAGAAGCUAUGAUACCUGGUAGCCCCAAAUUGGAUUGGAAACCAUCGGACACUAGUCACAGCAUUUCAGCUGACCUCACAUCUAUGCUAUAUAAUAAGACUCAUCUCAUGACAGGUAGGGCACCCUUGCAGUUGGACUCUCCCCCCAUAUUAAGUUUUUAUGAAUAUAGUCAUCCACAAAAUGAGACACUGGGUACAACUAACAUUGACCAGUUGUGCCAUGACUCUGCUAUAAGACACAGACUGAAUUCAAGACUACUCCCUGAGAAUUUUGUUACAGACAGAGCAAUUGCUAAGGAGAAAGGGCCCAAUGCUGUUUCCAAUGCUCUGUCAGUAGAAAACAGCAUCAACAUGCAUAAGGAUGAGAAAAGACAGACUCUUGGUCACAGUAAACUUGAUCUAAUUAUCCAGUACAACCAGUUAAAAAGAGAAAAGAUGGCUACAGUUCCAGACUCUGAUAGACUUGAUGAUGUGCCAAUACAAAAUGACAGCAAAAUAAUCAAGGAUGACAAAAGAAUGACUCUUGGACACAGUAAGCUAGAUCUGAUCACCAAAUAUAACAAAUUAAAAUCAAAGAAAAUAGGUAGUCGAUUUGGGUUUUAAACUGUUUUUUGUGGCCCUUGCAACGUUGGCUGAUCUCAUUUACAUGGUGACAAACACAUACUUUUCUCUGGUUGUUUUUUCUCAUGGCACUUUGAAAUCAAAUUCAAAACACAGUUGCCAAGUCCUUAAUUAUAUUUGAUGUAAAAGGAAGCCUGAUGCCAGUUCUUAAUUUCUUAUAUUUAGAGAGGUCAGAUUUUACUGAAAGUGUAUGAAAAGGGCCAGCAACUAAUAUUAGAAUGUUGGUCACAAGAUCACUUUGUGAGUGACAAGAUGAAAAAACGUAGACUUCUUUUACUCCUUAUAAAAAGGACUACUGUCCCCCAAACUUUAUUUAAAAAAAAUAAUUUGAAGCUACUCUGUAUAUUUCUUUAACUGAUUCUGUUUGGUGACUAACUAAGCUUCUUGUUAUAUCUAGAGAAGUGUUAUAUAGGAAUUCCUUAUCAACUUGCUGAAAACAAUGGGGAAAGUCAUAUUGCACACUACAUAAAAAAAUAAAACUUACAACUGAAAAUAUCA